CAUCUGGCUGCUUGAACUUAACGCAUAAACACAAUCUAUCCCUUCCAAAUUAAAGUUAAUUAAUCAACUGCCCGGAACAAACCCAGAUUAAAAUUUUGAAUUUAACUUGAUUUAAUGAAUUUUUAAAUUUCAAACAGUCGAAUUUCUUAGCCAGUAUUCAUGGAUCUAUCAGGAGGCAAAUACAUGUUUUGUAAAAGCAAAUAUUUUGGAAAAGAUGCCAAUGGAAUUUCAAGAAUAUUUCCAAAAUAUCUCAUUGGAGGAUCUGAAUCAGUUUCCCCAAGUUCAACAACCUAUGGCCAAUCAAAACCUACCAUUCUCCAUAAAAGAAUUUCGUCAACAGUUAAGUGCUUUAAUACCCGCUGAAGCUUUUUUAGAACCAUUUUCAUGGGAAAAGUCAAAAGACAUAAAAAUGGAAAAUUUCAAGAAAAUGAAUUUAAAAAAACGCCAUGAAAUUCAAAGACUGGCCAGUCUGAUACAAAAACAAUUAAAGGAAUUGCCAAAGUGUGUGCUCAUAGACUUUGGUUGUGGUUUGGGCUAUCUGAGUGAAAUGCUGUAUAAACUUAAUGAAAAUUUUUUAAUUGUGGGUUUAGAAUCCGAUACAUAUCGAGUGGAAACAGCCCAGCAGCGUUUAAAGUCCUACCUGCCAAAAGCUCAACAUUCCAUACGUUAUUUUGAGGAAUAUAUAACAGAGAGAUCAAAAGAUUUUAUUAUCAAAUGUGUCGAAGAGUUGCUGCCAAACAGUAAUGAACAGAAAGUUGAUGAAGUUCCCAAGACUGAAGCCCACAUGGCCAUAAUUGGUUUACAUGCAUGUGCUGAUCUAACUAUUACUUCCAUCAAACUAUUCCUAGCAAUGCCUUAUGUAAGGCAGCUGAUAAUAAUGCCUUGCUGCUAUCAUAAAAUGGAAUUAUGUCCAAAGACUUUACAAUUCACCAACUUUCCCCUGAGUCGUUGUUUGAAAGAGUUGGUGGCAAAAGACAAAAAUUAUGUCAACUUUUUAAAUCGUCCAUUUUUACGCUUGGCCUGCCAACAAACCCUUAAGAGAUGGCAAAAAUGCUCAAGGGAUGAGCAUACGCUACAUGGUCGAGAAAUGUUCCUAAGAGCCUUAGCAGAUGCUUUGGCAAAUAAAGAUUCCCAAGUUGUUAUUAAAUCUAAGCAGAAAUUCGAAAUGCCGUCAUCCCUUAAAGAAUGUGAUUUCGAUAGAUUUAGCCGUUUGUAUCAUUUACAAUCGAAUGUGGAUGCUGCUGCGGUCAGAGUGGAAUGGUCAGACGAGCAACGAAAAGAAUUUCACACAAUAUUGCAACGUUAUCCAAAUGGAGAUAUGCUGGCUGAAGGUUUAACAUGCUUACAAACAUCAAUGCAGAAAUUAUGUGAGAAUAUUGUUCUAUAUGAUCGUUUGUGUUAUAUGCAAGAGACUGCCUUGCUUUUAAAUAUAAAAUUAAAUGUACGCUAUGAAAAGCUGAUGGAUGAAGAAUUGUCACCACGUUGCUAUGCAUUAAUAGCAGAAAAAACGUAGAGGCAGACUAUAGACUUACAUACAUAUUUCUAAAAAAAAGUUCCAAGCCAAAACAACGAAGGCUUAAAAAAUAGUUAAUUUACCUUUGCCGACGAUAUAACCAAGAACACCUAACAGCGGUGUUAAUGUUUUCAAUAUUAAUGCCGACGAUUAUGUAUGGCGUUUUUCUGGGUGAUCAUUGAAUAUAUUUACAUAAGAAAUUUUUAUAUUUGUAGUCUUACAAUAAUAACAUAUAAGAGUAACAACUAUUGUUAAUUGAAAAUAGAAUAAACUAAA